AUGGCCCACCUCGAAUUGCUGCUCCAGAAAGGCCCGCCAGACGGCGACCACCUAGCCGGCCUGGAGGAAUUACGGCGCAUCAUUCUCCUGGACGGCAUCCCCGCCAACAAUGAUGGAAUGUCCGAACUGAGGAUCUACGUCUGGCUCAUCCUGCUGAAUGCACCUCCGACCAAAACAGACGACUACGAGAGCCGGGUCCUCGUAGGCGCAUCUCCUGCGUACGAGAAGAUCAGGAACGACACCUUCCGCACACUCACGACAGAUCCUCUCUUCCGUCGGCGAGUCACUGAGAAUAGUCUGACAAGAGUCCUGAAUGCCGUCUCAUGGAAACUCCACGAAGCGAACGAGGCCCGCGUUAAUGGCUGGAAGUCGCCUCCUACGCUCGCAGCGCCGCAAAGUCUAGACGGCAACGAGGAUCUCUUCCAUUCUCCCACAUCACGAGCUGGACAUGGCUCAGUCGCUGGUACAGAGACUUCCGACGCUGGCCCCGAUGCAAGCGUGGUAUCAUACGUCCAAGGCAUGAACGUCCUCGCAGCGCCUUUCCUCUACGCCGCCAGAAGUGAAGCUCAGGCUUUCACUGCAUUCGAUGCUUUCAUCACCAAGGAAUGUCCUGGUUACGUGCGGGCCAGCAUGGAAGGUGUACACAAAGGCCUGGCGCUGGUGGAUCAGAUUCUCGAGAUCGUCGACCCAAAGCUCGCGGCGCAUCUUGCUUCCAAGGGCAUGAAGGCAGAGAUCUACGCCUUUCCCAGCGUGCUCACAUUAUGUGCAUGCACGCCCCCUCUGCCGGAUGUCCUUCAACUGUGGGACUUUCUCUUCGCAUACGGAACACAUCUCAACUUGCUCUGCAUUGUAUCGCAGCUUGUCCUCAUUCGAGACUCGUUACUCAACAGUCCAACACCAAAGCCAGACUUCAAGCCACUACGAGCCCGCAAAGUCAUCGACUACACCGUCAACUUCGCCCGCAAGAUACCAUCAGACCUGUACGAGCAAAUGCUCGUCCACGCAAAGUAA